AUGCCAAUUGGCUUAUCAAUCUCCUCGAUUUCAUUUUAUCUCAUCAAAAUAUUUUAUCCUUUACAGAAUGCUUCCAAAGCCAUUAAUUCAGCAGUUUGCUAUGAAACAUAUUUCUCAACUAAGUUACGCUUAUCGUAAACGUUACGCUUGUCAAAGAGUUCCUUCUCGAGAGAGCCUCUAGCAUAGAAUUAGCCACCUUCAAGCACAACCUUCGAUGAGCCUGGAUUGAUGCAAAGCUCCUUCAAUGCGUAAGAAGCACAUCCAGCUGUGUGCAAGACUAACUUAUAAUUGAAAUUUUUUAAUAGCUAUUUCAUUUAGUUUGUGCGAUUGUAAUUCUCUAUAUUAAUGGGUGAAUCUGGUUAGUUCAUUCCUUUUUUUAUAUUUGAAUUUAUAAAUUGA